GCGCCCCUCCCCUGACCACACGCGCCUCGGGCCGCAGCGAGUCUGGCGAGCGGUGCGCUGUCUCCGCGUCGCUCGGGGCUGGCGGCCGCGGUGCAGCGCGGGUGGGUGGGAUCGCGGCGGAGCUCCCAGAGCCCGGGCAGGGGCGCGAGAGCGCCAUGGCGUUGGCAUCCGGCCCCCGCGUCGCGGCGAGGUGAGGGGCCGCCUCUUCACGGCUGAGGAGGCCACAGCUGCCCGCCUGCCUUCCACGCGGGCACGGCUCCGGCAUGGCCGGAAUCAUUAAGAAGCAGAUCCUGAAGCACCUGUCCCGAGGCUGUUCUGCCUGGAGGGGAACUAUAGCUUCUGUGGCUUGCCAAACCUGGUGGGGAAAGAGAAAGAAGAGAAGGUUUACUGAGUUACUUUGGUUCACUAAGAAUCUUUCCCCAGACAAAAUAAAUCUGAGCACCCUGAAAGGGGAAGGUCAGCUGACCAACCUGGAGCUGGAUGAAGAGGUUCUGCAGAAUGUGCUGGAGCUGCCCACCUGGUUAGCCAUCACUCGGGUCUAUUGCAACAGGGCCUCCAUCCGGAUCCAGUGGACAAAGUUGAAGACACACCCAAUUUGCUUGUGUCUAGAUAAGGUUGAGGUGGAGAUGAAGACAUGCGAGGAGCCUCGGCCCCCCAACGGACAGUCUCCCAUCGCCCUCGCUGCAGGACAGAGUGAAUAUGGCUUUGCCGAGAAGGUUGUGGAGGGGAUGUUCAUCGUUGUCAAUUCUAUCACCAUCAAGAUUCACUCCAAGGCCUUCCACGCUUCUUUUGAAUUGUGGCAGCUCCAGGGCUACAGUGUUAACCCCAACUGGCAGCAGAGUGACCUCCGUCUCACGCGCAUCACUGACCCCCGCCGAGGAGAGGUUUUAACAUUUAAGGAAAUAACUUGGCAGACACUUCGGAUUGAGGCAGAUGCGACAGACAGUGGAGAUCAGGACCCGGUCACCACCCCACUGAGGCUUAUUACCAACCAAGGCAGGAUCCAAAUAGCCCUCAAGAGAAGAACCAAAGAUUGCAAUGUGGUGGCCUCCAAGCUGAUGUUCCUGUUGGAUGACCUGCUCUGGGUGCUGACUGACUCGCAACUCAAGGCUAUGAUGAAGUAUGCAGAGUCACUGAGCGAGGCCAUGGAGAAGUCAUCCCAGCAGAGAAAGAGCCUGGCCCCUGAACCGAUACAGAUCACCCCACCUGCUCCCAGUGCUCAGCAGUCCUGGGCCCAGGCGUUUGGUGGCAGCCAGGGCAGCAGCAGCAAUAGCAGCAACCGCCUCAGCCAGUACUUUGAGAACUUCGAUGUGAAAGAGUCCUCCUACCAUCUGCUCAUCUCCCGCCUGGACCUGCACAUUUGUGAUGACAGCCAGUCCCGAGAGCCAGGUGUCUCUGCAAAUAGACUCAUGGGUGGUGCCAUGCAGCUUACCUUCCGCAAGAUGGCAUUUGACUAUUACCCCUUCCACUGGGCAGGCGAUAGCUGUAAACACUGGGUACGGCACUGUGAGGCCAUGGAGACCCGAGGCCAGUGGGCCCAGAAACUGGUGAUGGAAUUUCAGAGUAAAAUGGAGAAGUGGCAUGAGGAGACAGGUCUGCAGCCUCCCUGGCACCUGGGGAUAGACUCUCCCUUCCGGAGGAAAGCAGAUUCCCUCUCCAGUCCUCGAAAGAAGCCCCUUGAGAGAAGCCCCUCUCAGGGCCGACAGGCUGCCUUCCGGCCUCCAGCAUGGAACCGCUUACGCUCUAGCUGCAUGGUAAUACGGGUGGAUGACUUGGACAUCCACCAGGUUUCUACAGCUGGACAGCCCAGUAAGAAGCCAUCUACACUCCUUUCCUGCAGCCGGAAACUUCACAACCUCCCCACUCAGGUCUCUGCCAUUCACAUUGAGUUCACAGAGUAUUAUUUCCCAGACAAUCAGGAGCUUCCAGUUCCCUGUCCCAAUCUCUACAUUCAGUUAAAUGGUCUGACAUUUACUAUGGAUCCUGUCAGCUUGCUCUGGGGAAACCUCUUCUGCCUGGAUUUAUACCGCAGCUUAGAGCAGUUCAAAGCUAUCUACAAGCUGGAAGAUUCAAGCCAGAAAGAUGAACACUUGGACAUCCGCCUAGAUGCCUUCUGGUUGAAGGUGAGCUUCCCACUGGAAAAGAGAGAGCAGGCUCGGUUGCAUCGGCCCCAGGCCCUUGUCUUCUCUGCAGCAGGCAUGACUGCCACCAAUACACGUCAUGCCCCACAUUGUAGCUUUCCAGACCUCCAGAGUCUCUUCCGGGGUUUUGCUGCUGCUGAGUUCUUUCAUUCCAAUUAUGUCCACUUUCCCAAGGUCCCAAGUAGCUUCAGCCUUCUGCACAUACUCUUUUCGCAUCAUGCCUUCCAGAUGGAUUCCAGCCUCCCUCAGCCUAGUACCCUUCCUCCCCAGAGGCCCAAGGCUUCCCAGGAUCUCUGGUCUAUCCACUUCCCCCAGGUCUCCUUGGACUUUGUGGGAACAGAGAACUUCAAAGGCCGCACCUUGAAUUUUGUGGCCCCCUUCCCCUUGUCCAUUUGGGCCUGUCUGCCCCUCCGCUGGCAGCAGGCCAAGGCACGGAAGCUCCUUUCAGCUGCAGAAGGGAAGCUGAAACCAUCAGCCAGCUUUGGCAGUCCUGUUCCGUCUGAGGCACUUGCCCCUGACCCUGUAUCCCAUCUGAGGUCAAAGACAGAGCAUGAUUUGAAAAGCCUGUCGGGCCUUACGGAAGUCAUGGAAAUUCUGAGAGAAGGCAGUGGUGGUGUGGAGGGCAAAGGGCCUGUGACCCAGCUGCAGGAUGUAGCAGAUGUCCAUGUGCUCGUCCACUCCCCUGCACAUGUCCGUGUGAGGCUCGACCACUACCAGUACUUGGCCCUGCUCCGCCUGAAGGACGUGUUGCAGGGUCUUCAGGAGCAGCUGACCAAGGACACCGAGGCCAUGACUGGCUGUCCCCUGCAGGACCAGACAGCAUGCAUUGGGGUCCUCUUCCCCAGUGCCGAGGUGGCUCUGCUCAUGUGUCCUGCGCCUGGUGCUGCGGAAGCUGAGUCUACAGGUUCAGAUACCACCAGCCUUAUAGACUCGGAGCUGUCUCCUUCUGAGGAGCAGGAGCUGAAGUCUGAGGCCUCCUCAGACCAGGGCCCAGCAAGCCCUGACAAGGUUCUGGAGGACAGUGGCACUGAAAAUCUGGCCACCUCCCAGGAUGGGCCACUGCCUCUCCAUAGCAAUGGAGAACUGCAGGACUCAGAUUCUCUAGCACAGCAGCUGGCAGGGCAGGGCCAUGAGGCGGUUGACUUCCAACAGGCCAAGAGACCAAGCAGAGACCAAGCACCCAGCUCACCAGCUACGCCAAAGCCCCCCGGUGGGAGGGAUACCACUGUGAACGGACAGGAUGAGCUCAUGCCCUUGAAGAACAUUGAGGGAGAAUUGUCAAGUGCUAUUCAUAUGACCAAGGAUGCCACCAAGGAGGCCCUGCAUGCCACUAUGGACCUCACCAAGGAAGCUGUGUCCUUGACGAAGGAUGCCUUCAGUCUGGGCCGAGACCGCAUGACCUCCACCAUGCACAAGAUGUUGUCUCUGCCCCCAGCCAAGGAGCCCAUGGCCAAGAUUGAUGAGGGAGUGGCAGCCUCAGUGAGUGGAGGUGCUGCCCGACUCCGACUUUUCUCCAUGAAGAGGACAGUAUCUCAGCAGUCAUUUGAUGCUGUCUCACUGGAUAACAGUGGCCCUGAAGACCGGAUUUCAGUAGACAGCGACGGCAGUGAUAGCUUUGUGAUGCUCUUGGAGUCUGAGCCUGGUCCAGACUCUCUCCCUCUAGGAUCCCUUCCAAAUAUCUUGGACAGCGCUGGUGUUCAAGGGAGCCCUGUUGUGGAUAGUUAUGGCCAGGGCUCACCGGAGGCCAACAGUUCCUUCUCACCCAGUGGGGAAGACGUCAAUUUUCACCCGGUCUCAGUUCUGGUUCUGAAGGUGAAUGAGGUGUCUAUGGGAAUUGAGGUACGUGGCGAGGACCUGGCUGUGGCCCUGCAAGCAGAGGAACUGACCCUUCAGCAGCUGGGCACCAUGGGACUCUGGCAGUUCUUGCAUGGACCGUGCCCGGGUACAAACUUUCAGGAAUCCUCAACUUUGAGGGCUGGCCACAUCAAGCCAGCUGUGGGCCUUCGCUUUGAGGUGGGGCCUGGUGCAGCUGUUCAUUCCCCGCUGGCCACCAAGAAUGGCUUCCUGCAUUUGUUGCUUCGAGGCUGUGACCUGGAGCUGCUCACUUCAGUGCUCAAUGGCCUGGGUCCCUUCUUGGAGGAUGAGGAGAUUCCCAUAGUGGUUCCCAUGCAGAUUGAGCUCCUGAACUCCAGGAUCACCCUAAAGGACGAUAUACCUCCCAUCUAUCCGACGUCUCCAGGCCCUGUCCCCAUUACUCUGGCCAUGGAGCAUGUUGUGCUGAAGCGAGAUGAUGAUGGUGUAUUCCACAUAGGCGCUUCUGCUCAUGACAGACCAUCAGCUGAAGUACCUGAAAGUGAGAAGGGACAGCUCCCAAAAGAACAGAUGUUUUUUGUUCCCCCCGGGGAGGCGUUUGGAGAGCAGGUGAAGGAACUGCCUACCCUACAAAAGGAACUUAUAGAAACUAAACAAGCAUUGGCCAAUGCCAACCAGGAUAAAGAAAAACUUCUUCAGGAGAUUAGGAAGUAUAACCCCCUCUUUGAGCUCUGAUAGCAGGAGCUCAGCCAUCUGUGCCAAGGCGAGGAGGAGAUCACCAGCAGUAGCACCACCUAUGACAGAAGGCACCCUCCCGUGUUGAUAUGUUGGCUGAGAACACCGAGGGCCUGGGGAGUGCUCAGCUCACUCCUCGCAGUGUCCAUUGUACUAGCUGUUCUGACUCGAUGGAAGACAGGGCAAAGCAGGACCGUGUUCUCGGAAAUUGGGGGCAGCUUUGUGCGUGGCUCAAGCAUCAUGUCUUGCCUGUGUAGAGCAUUUUGGUCCUCUGUACAUGAGAUAGAGCCAUUUAACCGCCUAGUUUCAUGACAGAGACUUUUGUUUCCUCCACAACCUGUGUGAACAAGGGGAAGUACCUACCCUCCGUCACACACAGAGCCACCAAAGAUUGUACAUCCCAGAGCUUCCUGUAGCAGACCUGGAAAGUCCUUGGCCUGAGCUCUGGCCACGGUAGUAGAGUGGAAGAGGACAUAGCCAGCAAGGUGGGAACCAGGAGAGGCACAAGAAGAAGAGAGAUCGAGCAGGACCCUGCCUUUUUGGGAAAGGGAACCAAGCUCAUAUCAUCUUGGCUGAUGUUACAAUCAGAUCUUUCAGGGUUAAGCUUCCUUUCUGUUAUGCUUUCAUCAUUGUGACGCUCUGGUAGAAAGUAAACAUCAGUAGUGGCUCAGUUGUA